AUGGAUCAUAGCAAUAAGCUCAUUAGCUCUGAGAUCCAAGACUGGUGUGUGGAUCAAAUUCUUCUCAAUCAAGGCCAUGCGGUCAGGCCGAACCCCGCAGCGAGUCUGGGCAUAAUUCAAUCGGCUCCGUCGAUUAGAUUUGAGAAUAACACUGCUUUAUUUUUGUUUACCCUGCCUCCUUCCACAUCCUGUCCUCAAAUAUAUCCCAAUAUUAGCAAAGCGCUUAUCAAGUGGUCGGCACAUCGGGCUUGCAUUUAUCCCUCGAGGUCACUAGGCUUUACCACCUCCAAUCCGAUCGCUCAGCCACCAGCCGACAUGUGGUUAGUCCUGACUAAUCCGUCUAUUAAGAAACAAUCAUGUGAGAUCUUUGCACAUCCAUGUCUGCUCGAACGCGAUGCCUCAAUCAACUCGGACCUAUUAAGUUGCAUGUGUUUGCCCCAACCGCGAGGAACACGAGACUUUAGAAAUCACACUUUAGUGAGAGAGACCAAUCAAGAUGCAAGGCACCGAACGCCGAGCAGACAGAUGCAAAUAGGCGAGACAAAGGUUUUGGGGAACAUUUAUUUCAACAUGAAACCAGGUAAAGGCUUCUUCUGCAAUACGGCCAGAAAGUGCGCUAAAUGCCUGCGUGCACCAUUUUUGGUAGAUACAUCUUACUCGCGGUAG